GCAGGACUUCGUGUCUGAGACUCGAUUGCUCAAGUCUCAAUUCUGCCGAGCUUUUUUCGAUACCGGCAUCUUCUUUUUUUUCUUCCUGACUCUCCUGUUUAUCUCGCUUUUAUUUCUCUUCCUGAGAUCUCGGAAAGAAAUCACGGCACAAUGACCGGAGAUCACGGACACCACCAGGUGGAGUCUGGCUCUCGACUAAAUGAUUCCCACAAACAUAAAGACAAGCAUAAAGACAAAGAGCACAGGCACAAAGACCACAAGAAAGACAAAGAGCGUGAAAAGUCCAAGUACACUAACAGUGAGUACAGAGACUCGUCCGAGAAGAAGCACAAGGACCGCGAGAAAGAGCGAGUGAAACAUCGGGAGGACAGCAGCGAGAGACACAAAGAAAAGAAGAGAGAAGAGAAGCUUAAAUCUCACAGCUCUAACGGGAAGCAUAAGCGGGAGAAGGAGAACGGCUAUGUCAGUCACAUCAAAACGGAGGAGGACAACGGCUACUGCUACCCUAUAAAGCAAGAGAAGACGGUGAAGAGAGAGAGGGAUGACGACGAGCCCGAGUACAGACCCAAAAAGAUCAAAGUGGAAAAGGAGCAUAAGGUGAAAAAACGGAAGCAGGAGGAAGACUACGAUGACUACGAAGAGGAAGAGGCGUUAAAGCCGAAAAAGAAAUCGAAAGAGAAGAAAGAGGAUGCGGCUGGAGGGAAGAAGAAGGGCAAGAAGGAGCCGGAAGAGAAAUGGAAAUGGUGGGAGGAAGAGCGAUACACAGACGGCUCAAAAUGGCGGUUCCUCGAGCAUAAAGGUCCCGUGUUCGCGCCUCCGUAUGAGCGACUACCGGAAAACGUUAGGUUUUAUUAUGAUGGAAAGCCCAUGAAGCUGAGCGAGCAGGCGGAGGAAGUGGCGACGUUCUUCGCCAAAAUGCUCGACCACGAAUACACGACCAAGGACAUAUUUAGGAAAAACUUCUUCAAAGACUGGAGGAAGGAAAUGACCUCGGAGGAGAAGUCCAAAAUCACCGAUCUGAACAAAUGCAACUUCACCGAGAUGAGCGAAUACUUCAAAGUGCAAUCGGAGAAUCGGAAACAGAUGACGAAGGAAGGGAAACAGAAAAUCAAAGAGGAGAACGAGCGGCUGGUGGGGGAGUACGGUUACUGCCUGAUGGACAACCACAAAGAGCGCAUCGGAAACUUCCGGAUCGAGCCUCCCGGUCUUUUCCGAGGUCGAGGAGACCACCCGAAGAUGGGCAUGCUGAAACGGCGCAUUCGCCCCGAAGACAUCAUCAUCAACUGCAGCAAGGACUCAAAGCACCCCAAACCUCCUCCAGGUUCCCGGUGGAAGGAGGUCCGUCACGAUAACAAGGUGACAUGGCUGGCGUCGUGGACCGAGAACAUCCAGGGCUCCAUUAAGUACAUCAUGCUGAACCCUAGCUCACGGAUCAAGGGAGAAAAGGACUGGCAGAAGUACGAGACGGCACGCAGGCUGAAGAAGUGUGUGGAGAAGAUCCGAGCGCAGUACCGCGAUGACUGGAAGAGCAAAGAGAUGCGAAUCCGACAGAGAGCCGUCGCUCUGUACUUCAUCGAUAAGCUGGCUCUGAGGGCAGGUAACGAGAAGGAGGAGGGCGAGAGCGCGGACACGGUGGGCUGCUGCUCUUUGCGGGUGGAGCACAUCAGCCUGCACCCUGAGAUGGAUGGUCAGGAGUUCGUGGUGGAGCUCGACUUCCUGGGAAAAGACUCCAUCCGCUACUACAACAAGAUCCCUGUGGAGAAGAGGGUCUUUAAAAACCUGCAGUUGUUCCUGGAGAACAAGCAGCCGGAGGACGACGUCUUCGACAGACUCAAUACGUCCAUUUUGAACAAACAUCUGCAGGAGCUGAUGGACGGAUUAACUGCCAAAGUGUUUCGUACCUACAACGCCUCCAUCACCUUACAGCAGCAACUCAACCAGCUCACUAACCCGGAAGAUAACGUUCCAGCGAAGAUCCUGUCCUAUAACCGAGCUAACCGUGCCGUGGCGAUCCUGUGCAACCACCAGAGGGCGCCACCCAAAACCUUUGAGAAGUCCAUGCAGAACCUGCAGGCCAAAAUCGAUGCGAAAAAGGAUCAGCUUUCUGCAGCCAAGAAAGAGCUGAAGUCGGCCAAAGCAGACGCCAAAGCCAUGCACGACGAGAAAAGCAAAAAGGUGGUGGAGACGAAGAAGAAGGCGGUCCAGAGGUUGUCUGAGCAGCUGAUGAAGCUGGAGGUGCAGGCCACCGACCGCGAGGAGAACAAACAGAUCGCCCUGGGAACUUCCAAGCUCAACUACCUGGACCCGCGCAUCUCCGUCGCCUGGUGUAAAAAGUGGGAAAUCCCCAUCGAAAAAAUCUACAACAAGACGCAGCGGGAGAAGUUCGCCUGGGCCAUCGACAUGGCGGACAAAGACUACGAGUUUUAAAAACGAAACUAAACACGAAAACGAAGCGGAAACGUUCCCCCGUAAACAAUCUGUCUGCUGAAACGUUCAAACCGAGUCCUGAACCGUGGAACCCUGAGGAGAUCCUCCACCACCUCCACCUCCACCACCACCACCACCACCUCGCUCCGGUAGACGCGCGUUAGGCUUCACACUCGCUUCUGGGGUUUUUAAGUGUCCUAGUCAGGUUUUAGCCGUGGGGUUUAUCGAUGAAUUCUAUAUUUUAAUAUAAGAAAUAAAUCAGAGUUGUUUUAAGAGGCACGUGGGAACCGAACUACGGAAAGCCAUCGUGGAAGACUCGAGACUCGGCGCGCGCGUGUGUGUGCGUGCGUGUGUGUGUGCGUGUGUGUUUAAACUGCAGCGAGAUGUAGAAAUGUUUGGAUCAUGUACCUGAAUACAUCACCAGUCCAGGGAUGCACCAAUCCAGUGUUUUUAAUUUUCCUCGUCCCGUUCCCCCGUACUGAGCCGAUUCAUUUCCUUCUUUCUUUCUUUCUUUUAAAACAAAAAAAAAACAGUAUAAACGCAAAAUAACAAGUUUAUUAAUAAUAUUUUUUUUCUGUAUUGUGAGUCACUGAGCCAGAACAAUAACUCAAAGAGAGGGAUCUCCAAACACGUCGAAAAAAAAACUAGGUCUUUUUAAGCAUUUCUAUAUUCUAUUCUAUUAAUUCUGUUCAUCUAAUAUAGAAGUAUUAAUGCUUAUAAAAUAUUUCUCUCUCUCUUUUUUUUUUUUAAAGUGCUGAACAUUUUUACAGUGGGUUAAAAAUCCCUCGAACGUUACCGCUUUUUAAAUGUAACGAUCGCCGUACUGUAAUGUAAUUAUAGAAUAUAUUUACCAUAAAUUAUACGGUCACGUGUUUAUUUUUAGUACGUUAUAAUCAAUCAAAUCGGUGAGGAUUUUUUUUUUUUUAUUUCUGUUUUUUUUCUAUUUGAAUUGUAAAUUUUAAAAUGUAACAAAGCUUACUGAAGUUUUCUUUUAUUACGCAGAAACCAUCUAAAUAAAACAUUUUAAGAACACUCGCGGAGUGUUUCAGUGCUUCGGGCCUUUCUCGUGUUUUUAGCGAACCUUAACAGUUUUAUGUGUGGGUUGGUGGUUUUUUUUUGUUUGUUUUUUUCUUUUCCCCUCUCAUCCGUCGUCAGAAUCGUCUGGGUCGGAUCCGGGAAAAAAUUUUUAUAUCUCAAUCCAUGAUCUCGGAUUGGUGCAUCCCUAUUCUUUAUAUAAAUAUAUAUAUAUAAAAUAUACUUUUUGUUUUGUUUUGUUUUAUAUCAGGGAUGUACAUUUUUUAUUUCUGCGAAUAUGUGAAAGGGGCGACCUCCAUGUUAACGCUGACGUUGUAGUGAAUUUUACUUUGUCUUUCGUGUUUUUAUUUUAUUUUUUUUUCCCUCCUGUGCAGAAUGUUUUGGCUUUUUUUUUUGCUUUUUUUUUUUUUUUUUGUGUGUGUGUGUGUAUUUUUUGUUUUUAAGUUUUUUUUUUCCUCAGCAGUACAGUUAUAACACUCUUACUUGAAACAUGGCUGGGUGAGACGCGUGUGAGAAUAUAUACACACGCGCACGCACACACGCGCGCGCACACACACGAGAUCAUAAACAUGAAGAACUGGUUUCUCUAUAUACGUGAGAUGCAAUUUUUUUUUUUUUUUUUUUUUUUUUUUUUUGCCAAAUGAAUAGAGGUGUAAGAUGAAACGGUGUACAUGCGGAAGAUUGGGGUCUUCUUUGUAAAGAAUUAGGAACAGAAGUGUCCGAAGUUAACUUUUUAAUGUGAGGCUCUGCACUUAUUUAUAGCUGUUAGAAAGUGUGCUAAAGCUAACUUCAACAUUUUUACCACAUUUAGCCUUAAGCAAUCAUGUUCUAUUAUUAUUAUUAUUAUUUUUAAUAUCCAUAUCGGUUGGUUUUUGCAAAUAAUAAAUCAUGCCACUCUUUCUUAUCCUCUCCUUUUAUUUCACAUCCUCGCGUUCAUCCUGAUGUCUUGCUUUCGUGUAUUUUUUGUUUGUUUGUUUGUUUGUUUGUUUUUGUUUUGUUUUCAGAAUUUAAAUAAACUUUGUAUUGCAAUAAUCUC